CCAGAUCCCCACCAAGUCAUACGAUGUCUUCCUCUGCCACGGCUCCAACGACAAGGGGCUCAUGCUCUCGCUCCGCGACAAGCUCGUUGCCCUCGGUCUACGCGUCUUUCUCGACGUCAAGUCGCUCGACGCCAUGAUUGUCCAAGAUCCCGCAGACUGCGCCCGGCUUGCCCGUGACUCACACGUUGUGGUCGUCGUUGUCUCAAAGUACUCGAUCGUCACACGGUGGGCCAUCGCAGAGGCCGACGCAGCCCUCGCUGAUCCGACUUGCAAGGUCUUUCCGGUUUUUGCCGACGCUGAGCUCUCGCUCGAGACCGUCUCGUCGCCGGCAUGGCGUGACGGCCCGCGGGAUGCCAGCCACCCUCUACUGGCGUACAUGGCGGCGGCUUUCCCGUCGCAGAUCCCGGACAACCGUCGCUUCACGGAUCUCUGGGAACACGAUGAACUCACGCCCGACCUCAAAGUCGCCCGCAUCGGCACUCUCUACGCCCUCCUCGAGCGCGGCCUCGCUCCAUACUCCCCGGCUCGCGACAGCGUGGUUGACAUGGUCGACGAUCUUGCCGACCGCAUCCAGGCCAUUGUUCCCAGUUCACCCCUCCGCCCCUCACCCAUGCCACCGCCACUCAAUCCACCCGAGUUCCACCCGCUCCCUGACACUCGUGAUGCGGUCAUUAAUGUCCUUCUCGGUGCGAACAACGUCUCAGUCGUUGGUGUCAACGGGCUCGGUGGCGUCGGCAAGUCGUCACUCGCUGCCGAUGUCGCCAUCCAUCCCGCCAUCAUCUCCGCCUUCUCCCUUGGCACCUUUGGCCCGGACGACGCUGCUGUUGUCCUUCGCAACUACCUCGCCAAGGGCUCACCUGAGUGGGCAAACACCCUUGCUCUCGACGAUCCCCGCAUCGUCUCCCUCGCGACCUUUUGCCGUGGGCAUGCCCUCGCCCUCGCCGUCCUUGGCUCGUCCAUUUCUGGCGAGGCUGCACUUGACGACGCUGUUGAGGACGCUGCAGAUGCAACCGAGUUUGCCAUGGAUGAGCACCGCGAUGAUUGCGGCGGAUCGGACGCCAAGUACGCCCACAUCUUUGACAUCAUCACUUGGACCCUCGGCGGUGCCAUCCCCAAGCAUGUCCGCAAGGUGGCGCUGACUAUUUACGCCAUGCUCGCCGUCUUUCCAUCAGACGCGCCCAUCGACGUCGCCAACUUCCGCUCCGCGAUCGACGCAAGCAAUAUCAAGUUUGCUAGGGCCCUCGAUGCCCUCGCCAACACGUCGUUGCUGCGCGUCGUUGCCACGGAUGGCGGCGCCAUAACCGUAGUCGAGCUGCACGAUCUGCACCUCGAGUACAUUCGCCAUCGGCUUGAGGUGUGCGUUGACGACAUCCCUUCCCUUCCUGCCCGUCACCUCGCCGUUGUCGCCGGGGUGCCUCCGCCUGGCGCCACGCCAGAGUCCGCUAUGGAGACCAUGACCUCUGGCACUGCCUCCGAUUGGAUCGUCACCCGCGGAGCCAAAGACGUUGACGAGGUCGAGCGUGCGCUGUCGCUCUCACGUGAAAUCAUUGAGAGCGAGCCGUGGACCCUUUUCGCGCAUCGUGGUGCUGAGCGCUUUCGCUUUGAUGGCUCGUACGAAAAAGUCAUCAACAUCGGUGGCUCGCUGGUUGCUGGUGAAUGUCGGAAGAAUGUGGACGUACUUGACGUGCUAACUGGUGAACGCGUGGAGGUGCUGGAGGGCCACACCAGCAGGGUGCGGGGUGUGUUUGCGCUGCCGAGUGCGGAUGGCCAGCUGCCUGUCCUGGUCUCGUGGUCGAACCACAAGACGAUCCGGGUGUGGCAUGCUGUGGACGACGGGACGGGUGCCAUGCGGUACACCGCGGACAGUGCCUCCUGUGAGGUGCUGGAGGGCCACACGAACGAUGUGCAGGGUGUGAUUGCGCUGCCGAGUGCGGAUGGCCAGCUGCCCAUCCUGCUGCCUGUCCUGGUCUCGUGGUCGGAGGACAAGACGAUCCGGGUGUGGCAUCUUGCGGACAACGGGACGGGCGCCAUGCGGUACACCGCAGACAGUGUCUCCUGUGAGGUGCUGGAGGGCCACACCAAGUAUGUGUGGGGUGUGAUUGCGCUGCCGAGUGCGGAUGGCCAGCUGCCUGUCCUGGUCUCGUGGUCGAACCACAAGACGAUCCGGGUGUGGCAUCCUGCGGACAACGGGACGGGCGCCAUGCGGUACACCGCCGACGGUGCCUCCUGUGAGGUGCUGGAGGGCCACACCGACGAUGUGCAGGGUGUGAUUGCGCUGCCGAGUGCGGAUGGCCAGCUGCCUGUCCUGGUCUCGUGGUCGAAGGACAGGACGAUCCGGGUGUGGCAUGCUGCGGACGACGGGACGGGCGCCAUACGGUACACCGCGGACAGUGCAUUCUGUGAGGUGCUGGAGGGCCACACCAAGUAUGUGUGGGGUGUGAUUGCGCUGCCGAGUGCGGAUGGCCAGCUGCCUGUCCUGGUCUCGUGGUCGAACCACAAGACGAUCCGGGUGUGGCAUCCUGCGGACAACGGGACGGGCGCCAUGCGGUACACCGCGGACAGUGCAUUCUGUGAGGUGCUGGAGGGCCACACCAAGUAUGUGUGGGGUGUGAUUGCGCUGCCGAGUGCGGAUGGCCAGCUGCCUGUCCUGGUCUCGUGGUCGAACCACAAGACGAUCCGGGUGUGGCAUCCUGCGGACAACGGGACGGGCGCCAUGCGGUACACCGCCGACGUGUGCGGGGUGUGA